AUGGAUGGUCGGAGACACCUUGAUGGUGGACCCUGGAUGAAACUACUGGCUGGGCUAAGUCCAGGGCAAUCCCAGUUUCGAAUGGAACGAGCUCCAGGGAUGGAUGUCAACUUGCGGUACAAAGUACCUGACGGUCUGCGACCAUUGUUGGAAGCAUUGGCACGAGAGACAUUGCGAUCACAGCCAAAAGAUAUCAUACGAUUCGCUCAGCUGUUCUUUGAGGAACUACAACACCACAGAAAAAAAGUAGAACUCAUUAUUCACACCUCCUUGACAGUAUUCAUAAAUCAUCAAAAGGCGUUGAACGCUAUUAGCAAUCCCAAUACUGACAUUAUUUGUGAUCCAGUAGCUUAUGAAAUGUUCCGCACUGAUCUUCAAAGACGAUACAACAAUGAUGAUCAUGUGGAGCGUUGUUCUAGCCCUCUUGACGAAGCGGCGACGAAAAUUCAGGCUGCAUUUCGAGGACACUGUGAGACUACACUGAAAAUCCUCUCCUCAAAAUCGGCAUGCGUUUGGCACAACUUCAAAUCAGAAAUGGGCAUGUAG